GGCAUCUUCUAUAAAGCUGAAGAAUAAGAUAGUAAACAACUAAUGAUAUGGUUCGGGAAGGGAAAAGUACUAAUGGAGGCAAAUCCAAAAAGUCUCAACUACCUCCUAAACCAUCACCAGUUUCAAAUAUAGAGAAGAUAGGUUCAUUAAAUAGAUAUCCUGAUAAGGAUUAUGCUAGAGAUUUAUUACAUCAAAUAGUUAAGAUGGUCGCUCCUAUUAUUCAUGAAAAUAAUUUUAAAGUAGGAACAUUAUGUGAAAUGUUUCCUAAAAGUCCGAACUUAUUAGGAUUAAAUGUUAAUCGAGGACAAAAGAUUUUAAUAAGGUUAAGAUAUCAUUCUAAUGAACGACUGUUUCUUCCUGUUGGUGAUUUAGUAGAAACAUUUUUACAUGAAUUAACUCAUAAUAUUUAUGGUAAACAUGAUGAGAAAUUUUAUAAAUUUUUGGAUGGUUUAAAAAAACGAUUUGAAGCUAUUCAAUAUGGUGGAGUAGAUUCUUCAUAUAGAUGUGAAGAAGAAGUUUUAGGUUCAAAAUAUGAUCCAAUAGGGGGGUAUGUUUCUAUUCGUGACAAGAGAAUAAAGGAACUAAGUAAAGCCAAGUAUAAAUCGGAAGCUAGAAAGUUAGGUGGAGAUACAUCAAAUUCAAGAAUCAAUAAGCCAUCAGUAAAUGAUCCUAGAGCAAUAAGGUUACUUGUUUUACAAGCCGCAGAGAGAAGACUUAAAGAUGCCAAAUGGUGUCCAUCAGAUGUUGAUAUUAGUGAAGUUGAGCCAAAUGAUAAAGAUAUUGAUAUAAUAGAAUUAGAUGAUGAAGAAAAUAUUUCUGAAAUAAAAAGAGUGCCGGAAAAAUGUUCACAAGAAUAUAAAGAAGUGAUAGAUCUUACCAAUGAAGAAUAUGGAGAGCCGUCAAUGGAACCAUCAGAGAUAGUUGUUAUUGAUGCAUGUGAGAAAGAAACAUAUUCAGAAUCAGAAGGUAAAGGUAAAGAUGAAGGUAAAGAUAAGGAUAAUGAUAAUGAUAAUGAUAACGAUCUAAUUGAAUCACCUAUUCAAUAUAAGGCUAUUUUGGCGCAACCUAAAUCUAUACUUAGAAUUGAUGAUGACACAACUGCUUGUGAUAAAGAUGAUAAGAAAGUUCAAUUUUCUGGUCUAUUACCAUCAUUUGAUGAUGAUGAAAAGGGUAAAGGAACUAAAAAGAGUGGAGAUAAUGAGAGUGAAGAUGAAGAAAUUCAAUAUACAUUUUCAUUAUCACCCGGACGAGCAUUUUUUGGACAAGAAGAAGUUUAUCCAAGGCGAAAAUUAGUGGCUGAUCUUAAUUUUGAUCAAAUAAUUAAGAAAGGAGAUAAAAUAGAACCUAGAAGACAUACGGCACCCUCAACAAAUAGAAGGAAGAAAGCUUAUAAAAAGGUAAAUUCUUCUAAAAGAAAGAAUACGGCACACAAGAAGACAAGUUCCGAAGCUAAUAGUUUAAAGAAGACCGUCAAGCCAAUAACGUUUCAGGACUUAUUGUAGAUAAAUUUUUUUAGAUUGUAAUAGCUUACAUAAUGAUAAAUGACACAAUAUUUUUUAUUUUAU